AUGUCACCAGCGUUCUGCGGCACAAUCAUAACUACUCCCACCCCUUCGCCGCGUGACCCAUGCGUGUGGUGCGAGGACAUGAGUUUCGGACCGAGCGGAUGCUCUAUUGCAGGGUCGGGGCGCUCCAGGUACGUGUGCUCCUCUAUAGACUGCGUUAAGGAGCUGCACGCUCGUACGCUACCACGCCAGCCCGACGCACGGCAGCCAUUCGGAUUCGGCAUCUGUGCCUGCGUCGGCCGGUUGUUCGCGUGGCAGAAGGCCCAAGUCACGCUUAUCCACCUGAUGUAG